CCCCAUGUAUCCCUAACUGCAGGACUCGGGUGUCGAAGUCUACGGUUUGGACAACCAGACAAUGGAUUCGCUCUCCAAGGUCACUUACUUAGUAAUAUAACGCUCAAAAUGGGAAAUGAACUCAGUGGUGACUUUAGAUACGAGUGCCUGAUGGAAAGUAAUUGUGUGUCUGUGAACGUCGGGCCACCCGACAAGAAUGGACUCAGGGUCUGUCAAUUGAGUGAUUCUGACCAUAUUCAACAUCCCGAAGAUCUUACGGCACAGGAAGGAUUCCUUUACUGGGCUACCCAGGUGAAAUAAUAGUUACCAUGCAAAUAGAUGAAAAGAGAUCGAAGACAAAAAUUGCGAGAGAAUCGAACGCAUAUGGUCGGCUAUUUUAACAAAGUUUAGAAGUCGUUGUUUUAGCGAAACCGCGUUCUAAGCCAUCUUCAGUUUAGUCGAAUCUUUUAUCUGAACAUUUAUUUUUGUGAAAAACGCCAAGAGGGCCGAAAGCUGAUAGUGGAAGAACAUUUAUUUAUUUAAUUCUAUCAACCCUCUGAUAGAGAAUCCUUGAGGUCCUCUGCUUGCGUAUAACUGCGGUUUGGUUUAGAACUGGUGUAAAUAAGAGGCCUUUAGUGUUCAAAUUGGAGACUGAGAAUACUCCUUUUGGUUUUCUCACUAGAAUCCGUGUUCCAGCAACCCCUGUGCCCACGGUGCAACAUGUCUCAAUGGAUUCACAGACAAGAAAUACAUUUGCCUGUGUCCACCUAAAGCCAUAGGUGAAAACUGCGAGAAUUGUAAGCAACAUUGUAACAAUUAUCGGUAGUUACGGUUUGGAAGCGUAAUCACUUUAACAUGAAAUCCUUCAAGCUAGUGAUUGUGUCAUCUAGUUGUCUAAGUGACAGAUGAAUGACAUGUCGACAACCUGAACGGAGCAUCGAAUGUGUUCUUAACGGACUACGAAUUAACAAGCACAUCAAGUACGGCAUCAAUGAUGUAAUGGUUUUUAUUAUUAUUUUCAUUAUUAUCAUUAUUACAAUUAUUAUUAUUAUUAUUUAAUUUUCAGCAUUCUCUGCGAUCUUCUCAAAUCUCGGUGCCACCGGAAGAUAUGGCCCAACAACGCUGGGCAGUCACUACACAGGUCAGGAUCAUGAAAGACAAGUUACAUUGUCCAGCGGUAUUCAACAGUGGACUGUGCCUCACACUGGUGACUACAGAAUAGAAGCAAUAGGAGCAGCAGGAGGGUACGAUUCACACCCUAAUAGCGCUCAGUAUCGAGGAAGAGGAGCGAGAAUGAUCGGAACGUUCAGUCUGAUUAAAGAUGAGAUCAUUCGUAUCCUUGUGGGACAGGAAGGGGGCUCUAAAGAUAAUGACUGGAGUUCUGGCGGUGGUGGAGGUACAUUCGUUGUCAGACAAAACAACACGCCUUUGAUAAUAGCUGGAGGUGGAGGAGGUCUGUGUUACUUGAUAAAACGGCAUGCAGGGUGUGACGCUAGUACAAACACAACUGGAAAUCCUGGGUACAGGUCAGCAGGGUCAGGCGGAAUCGUUGGCCUUGGCGGGCAGAGUGGCAAUGCCAGCUACGCAGGUGAGGGAAUUUCCGGGGGCCUCGCGAGCUGGAGAGCGAAACAGGCGAGAAAGAGGUCCGCUAGAGAAAACCUGCAGACUUCUCGACACCUCGCCCCACCCACACCUCGACUUUCGGAAAACUUUCUGGAAAGCCAGAGGUGUACUUGUCUCAGCAGCAGCAUUUAUGAAAGCUUGCUCGUAGGCUAUGGGAACACCACAUCCAGAAUGAAUCAAAAAAUUCGAUUCUUGCUUAUGGAAAUUGACAUCCGUAUUGUAAAAUUCAGGGAGGAAUUUUCUCCCACUAAACGAUUCGUUUAAAUAAGGUUAUAUCAGUUAUUAUCGUUAAAAAGAACCUUUUUGGUAUAAAUGGUUUCAUUUCACUUAUUUAGAGAUUUAUUGAUAUCUUUUUUCUAUCAUUUUUUCUUUUUGUCUGUUUAAGUUGAAUCCCCUUUUCAUUCAUUUUUUUAGGCGGCAGCGGUGGAGUUUUUUUUUUUUUUCCAACGGAUCAGAUGAGAACGCAGACGGUGGCAGAGGAUUUCUUCAGGGAGGAGUGGGGGGGCAAAGGCAAUAGGUUAAAAGCCAACGGUGGGUUUGGGGGAGGAGGAGGAGCUUACGGAGGAGGGGGUGGUGGUGGGUAUUCCGGCGGAGGUGGCGGAGGUGGCGGAGAGAUGAACAGGGAUUCUUGUGGAGGAGGGGGUGGCUCUUUCAACUCAGGAAAGGAUCAGAAAAAUGAGUGUUGUUACCAAUCUGAUGGACCUGGUCAGGUUACGAUAACAUUACUGUGA